AUGACUGUUCGAGAGUCCCUUAUAUUCAAUGGCUUGAAUGAUGUGAUGAAAGCCAUCUCUUUGCUCAAUCCGGAGAUUAUCAAUCUCCCACUCAUUCAAGUGUUUCAGACUGUGAUUGAGAGCCUGGGGAAGUAUAACAUUAUGGUGAUAUUGGAUAACCAUAGGGAUGAGCAAUGUGGUGGGCAUGAGCUCAAAGGACCAAAGCAAAAUACUCAAGAUUGGUACAAAUACAUGCAACAAGGAGCUGAGCAAGUGAGUCUCACCUUCAAAGGAAAGCUUGUCUUUGAGUUCCAUUGGUACAGCUUCGCCAACAGACAAGGAUGGGAAAGUGGAAACCUAAACCAAGUUUGUUCUGCUUCAUCAACUGAUGUAUAUAGAAAAGUAGGGUUCCUCUUGGAUCAAUAUCCAUUGUUCAUGAGUGAGUUUGGAAUCAAUCAAGAUGGUCAAAGCAUUGGAGAUAACUAUUAUAUCGGUUGCCUGCUUGCUUUCACCGCCGAGCGUGAUAUCGAUUGGAAUCCAGGCUUCAUGGCAACUAUUUCAUCUAUAGUUCCUCCCCUCAGAGAAGCAUGGGGCUUCAAUGGAAAUGGGCUGGCAUUUGCUAAUGGAUCAACAAACUCUUGCUUGGAAGUUUUGGGAAAUGGACAAGGAGUUCAGGUUGGGAAUAGUACUAUUUGUGGAGGGCCAAGCUCUAAGUGGAAAACUGUCUCUCCCACUAACAUGCAGUUCUCAUCUCAACAGUUUAACCUCUGUUUGGAUGUAAACCCUGAUGGGAAGACGCUUGUUACUAAUCCAUGCUUGUGUUUGGAUGGCUGUUCAAAUUGUAACCCUGAGAGUCAAUGGUUCAAGCUUGUUAACAGUACAAGGCAAAUCAUUAUGUGA